AUGGCACAUGAAUAUAAGUUGAGAUUAAAGUACAUGGUCAAGAAUCUCUUCAUGAUUCAAGUUGUUAUUUUCAAAGGUUAUCUCACACCAUUAUUAACCCCAAUUAGCAGCAUUCAAGAGAGAGAUAUUGAGGAUGAAAUCAUUGUUGAACACGAUGAAAGUUCGGAUGUUGUGCCAGCCGCAGCUGCCUCCUCCUCGUAUCAGCCAGUCAUGGGGCACAAAAUGAAGGUCCAAUUAAUUAGAGGGGAAAAGGAAUUAACGGACGCAUUGCUUCUGGAUGCAAAUGGAAUGGGAAAACUAGAUGGAAGAUCCAGAAUUUGGGUGGAGCAACUAAGAGAUGGUAUCGGAAACAAAAUUGAAGAUGCUUUUAGGAGAAGAAAAGCGUAUGGUUUAGUGCAAAUCCAAAGCCGAGUCGUAUCUAAGAUUCAAAUAUUACGUGCACGGAUACAACCGUAUCUCGCUGCCAAGAAAUCCAGUGUGGUUGGAUUUGAUGAUGACACACAAGUUAUGAUGACGGAGUUACUGUCGGAUGAGAAAUGCCGCUGCAUUACUUGGAUUGUUGGAGUCGGAGGCACGGACCAGUUUGUUGCAGAAAUUGGCAAGGAGACCGCCAAGAAAAUUACAGUAGAAGAAGAAAACGUGCCCACUGAUUACGUACUCAUAACCUUGGCACACUCAAAGUACCUUAUAGUUGUUGAUGGCCUUAAAGAAACAUCCAAAGUAUACUUGGAUACCUUGAACAGGGUCAUACCUGAUAUGUUAACAGGAAGCAGAGUUCUUUUUACUACUCGCAAUGCAACAGUAGCCCAACAUGCAGCAGGUAGAAUCAUUCUUCACCCAUUACAGUUAUUAGAUGAUGAAACUAGUUGGCUGUUGUUCACAAGACAUUUGAAGGUCCCCAAAAGGUUGGUUGUUUUGUGGGUUGCCGAGAGUCUAAUUCAUCAAGCAGAAGAUGACGAAGUGCCCCCAGAGCUCGUUGCAGAAAGGUAUUUGACAGAGUUGAUAGAUCAUAACAUGGUCCAAGUAGCCAAGAGAAAGCGCAAUGAACAGGGUGAUCCAUCUAAAACUUUUGAUAUCCCACAGAAUGUGAAAAUACAAACUGUUGAUGGUUUGGGAUCAAAGAGGUAUUCUGACCCAAAGUUGGAAUCGAGUUCAAAUGUUUCCACUCAGUUUCCUUCGGCAAAUGACCAUCUUCAAGUACAUCAAAAAUUUCCAGUUGCUAUAAAUAUUAAACCUGUUCGUCCAAUCGUUGAUUCAAAGGUGUUAAACCAGAGUGCUUCACUGCAUUCACCUGUUUCCAUAUUGCAAGAUUCAGAUAAAGGCUCUAUUUCCGAACACGCGCCCACAGCAAAUCAAUUCACCACUGAGGAAGGUCCAAGGUUGCACAUUCCUCUCAAGACAGACAAUCAUGUCGUGUUUGACUUUGAGGGUGAACCAUCAAGCAUAAUUGCUUGUGCACUGUCCUUGUUGAAAGACUCAUCUGAGAUGUCGAAAAUUGAUGGUGAUGUGAAAAAAAUUGGGAUAACUUCAAAAUCUACAGAUUCUUUGCACGACUCUCUAGAUUCAGAUUCUGUGCAUUCUACUGGAAGCGUGUCUUCAGAAGAGUCACGAUCAUCUCGUGCUACAGAAGACCAUAGCAAAGAAGUUCAUCUGGGUUAUGCAAAAAUCACUUGGGAGGGAAAAAUAUUCUGUGCUUUGUCAUUAUUAUAA